GCCCACAGGACCCCAGGACCCGGCCCCCCUCACUCGCCCCGAGGCCCCGGGGACACUGCCCAGGUGUGGCCUCUGCCAAGUACACCUUGGCGCCACCCCGCGAGCCCCCUGGGCACUGGGCGUGGGGAGGAAGAGAGGGGGAUAAUUUAGGGGGAUUAAGAAAGGGAAGUGGGGGAGAUGGUGUGACCCGCUAGGCUGCCCAGACUCCGAGCCUGCGGCCCUCAGGUGUCCUGGGGGUCACGUCACCCGCUCAUCCCCCACCCCACCCGCAUCCCAAGUUCCCACUUUUCCACCGCAGGGCAGGGCCGGGUUGGUGCCAGGAACAGAAACUCCAGCCCGGGGCGCGGGGCGGGGGGCGCGGGUUGGCUCCGAGUCCCGCCGGAAGGGGGCGCGCGCGACGCCGGAGCGCACAAGCGCCCCUUUAAAGCGCCGCCGCCGCCCGACCGCGGCGAGACUCGCGUCCGGCCGGGACGUCCCGCUCCGCUUCCUCCCUCCCGGGGCCAGGGCGCGCGGCCGAGCGGGCUUGGAGGGGCGGGGAGGUGGCGUGGAGGCUGCAGCUAGAGCAAACAAACAAGUUCAGAGACUGCCUCCCUCUCUCCGGUGCAAACUCAAGACACCCUCCCCAUCCCUCCCUAACUCCGUGCUCCCCCCCCCCAAAAAAAAAGCCUGGGGAGGAGGCGGUAGGGGGCCGGAGAGAAGCUGGACCCAGAGCCCGGAGAAAGGGGGAGGGUCCCAGCCCAGCAGGGUCGCCGGGGCCAACGUCCCUCCCCGUCGAGGGCGGGGGCGCAUCUCCGGCCGCGCGCGCGGGAGGGGGCAGCGCCGGUGCCCCGAUGCUCCACGUAGUUGCUGGCUCGGGCCGCGCGCUGCGGUCGGGGCCACCGUAUAAAUAGGCCCGGAGACCCGCGCUCCGAGGACUUGCCGCCGCCGCCGCAGCCCCGGGCCCCAGGCGUCCCGGCCAUGGCCCGCCCGGUGCUCCUGCUCUUGCUCGGCCUCCUGGCCGGCCUGCUGCCCGCGCUGGCGGCCUGCCCCCAGCACUGCCACUGCCACGGCGACCUGCAGCACGUCAUCUGCGACAAGGUGGGUCUGCACAAGAUCCCCAAAGUCUCGGAGAAGACCAAGCUGCUCAACCUGCAGCGCAACAGCUUCCCGGUGCUGGCGGCCAACGCCUUCCGCGCGAUGCCCAACCUCGUGUCGCUGCAUCUGCAGCACUGCCAGAUCCGCGAGGUGGCGGCCGGCGCCUUCCGCGGCCUCAAGCAGCUCAUCUACCUGUACCUGUCGCACAACGACAUCCGCGUGCUGCGCGCCGGCGCCUUCGACGACCUGAGCGAGCUCACCUACCUCUACCUGGACCACAACAAGGUGACCGAGCUGCCCCGCGGGCUGCUCUCGCCGCUCGUCAACCUCUUCAUCCUGCAGCUCAACAACAACAAGAUCCGCGAGCUGCGCGCCGGCGCCUUCCAGGGCGCCAAGGACCUGCGCUGGCUCUACCUGUCCGAGAACGCGCUCAGCACCCUGCAGCCGGGCGCGCUCGACGACGUGGAGAACCUCGCCAAGUUCCACCUGGACAGGAACCAGCUGUCCAGCUACCCCGCGGCGGCGCUCAGCAAGCUGCGCGUGGUGGAGGAGCUGAAGCUGUCGCACAACCCCCUGAAGAGCAUCCCUGACAACGCCUUCCAGUCCUUCGGCAGGUACCUGGAGACCCUCUGGCUGGACAACACACACCUGGAGAAGUUCUCGGACGGCGCCUUCGCGGGCACGAGCACGCUGAAGCACGUGCACCUGGAGAAUAACCGCCUGAGCCAGCUGCCUCCCAGCUUCCCCUUUGACCACCUGGAGACCCUCACCCUCACCAACAACCCCUGGAAGUGCACCUGCCCGCUCCAGGGUCUUCGGAGGUGGCUGGAAGCUAAGACUUCGCGCCCCGAUGCCACCUGCGCCUCCCCCAGCAAGGUCAGAGGGCAGCACAUCCGGGACACGGACGCCUUCCGCAGCUGCAAGUCCCCCACCAAACGGUCCAAGAAAGCCGGCCGCCACUAAAUGCCUCUGCCAGUACCCACACAGCGCUGGCCAGGCCCUGGCAGGGCCACGGGCAUCCAGCACAAACCCAGACCCCCAGACGGGAAUGCCAUCACACCUGCCCUGUCCUCUCAGAAAAGCUGUCGCGGGGGGCCCGGAGCAGGUGAUUCUCAGCACAGGUGACCACCAGUCCAGUUGCCGCCCAGAGGGACCCCCCGCCGCUCGGCUGCCCCAGCCCCGCCAUCCGGGAGCAACGCCAGAGCCGAGGCCUGCCCCUGCUUCCAGAGAGGGCUGGCGGCUCCGGCCCCCGCCUGCCAGGACACGCCAGCAGGACCCCAGGGCGUUGCUCCCGAGAUGCGUUUCUUCCUCCAGUUUCUAGAACUAUAAAUGUACGAGCGUAUA